AUGGUUGAUCGAAUUCGUUGUGCAUCUAUUAUAUUGACUAUCGUUAGUAUUGGAUUUGUGGUUGGUGGUUGCUUACUAAUUGCGUUUGGUGAUUCACUUAUUAAAAAGAUUGUUAAUAAUGAAUGCCAAUUGAAACCGGGAACAAUUAUUUACAGUAAUUGGCGGGAUUCUCCUGUGCCAUAUUAUAUAUCAAUUUAUGUAUUUGAUCUUCAAAAUACAGAGUUUCUCAAUGGUACAUCGAAACCAAGCCUUAAACAGCGAGGUCCGUUUGUCUAUAAGGAAGUACGAACAAAAAUAAAUUUAGAAGAAUAUGAAAAUGAAACAAUUUCCUAUCAAGAACCACGUACGUAUACAUUUGAUGCAGCACGAUCAGCAGAACCUGAUACAAUAAAUGUAACAACAAUAAAUCUUGUGUAUAUGAUAUUAGUGAACUAUCUUCAAAUGGAACAUGUUCCGUCUAUAUUUCGACGUAUAGUUGGAGAAUUACUAUCAGUUCAAGAGAAACCAAUUAUGCAACAUACUGUGCAAGAACUUCUUUGGGGUUAUACAGAUCCAUUAUUACGUAUUCUUAAAACUGAAUUUCCAGAUAUUAUCUCGGAUGAUCGUGUAUCGGUUUUUGAUGCAUCGGUCAGUGGAGCCGGAUCAAACAUCUAUUUGGUGAAUAAUGGUGUUGGUCGUGAUGCAAAUUUUAAUGACCGUAUUAAUGAAGUUGGUCUAGUUGAACGAUUUAAUUUUGAAUCAAAAUUGUCAUACUGGUCGAAUGAAUAUGCAAAUAUGAUUAAUGGAACAGAUAGUACAUUGUGGCAUCCGUCUACACGUAAAAAUGAACGUAUUUAUUCAUUUAUUGCGGAUAUUUGUCGAUCAGUUUAUCUUGAUUACAAUGAAACACGCACGAAUAACUUUAAUAUUGAAACUUAUCAUUAUACAUUACCAAAUAGUGUAUUUUCAAAUUCAACAGACAACGAAGGUUUCUGUUUGAAUUCUACAAUUGCUAAUAAAACGAAUGAAGUUGAAUGUUUGCCAAGUGGUCUAUUUUCAUUGAAAACAUGUAUACGUUUUCCUGAGAGUAUGAUAUCAAUACCAUUACCUAUUAUUGGAUCAAGUCCACAUUUUCUGGCAGCUGAUCCUGCUGUACAAAAUGCUGUUUAUGGAUUAGAACCUGAUGAUAUCGCACAUCGUAGUUUUGUCGAUAUAGAACCACUUACAGGCAUUGUCAUGAAUGGAUCACGACGACUUCAAGUCAAUUUAAAUGUUAUUAAUGAUUCAGCUAUAAGUGCAAUUUCUCGUAUACGUCCACUUGUUUAUCCAAUGAUAUGGAUUGAUGAACAUGCUGAAAUCGAUAAACUGAAUGCAGAUAAAUUUCGUAAAAAAGUAACUGUGCCAAUUACGGCACUUCACGUUAUGAAAUAUCUUAUACUCAGCAUUGGUAUUGCUUUAUUUGUUAUUGUACUUGGUUUAAUAGCAUUUAGUCGAUAUAGAACCAAUACAUCGGGUCCUGCAUUUCCAAAGCCUACUGCAGAUGAAACAUCACCAUUACUUUUUUAA